ACGAUCUACGACUGUACAUUUAAGGGACGAUAUUUGGAUUUUCUAGCAUCGGCGAAACAUGCUAAAGGCAUGGUGAAGAUACACGGAAAUAUAAACUUCACCUGUCGUGAACCGCUGUCAUCUGAACCGAUCAGUUUCUUCACGUCAAACAGUUUUCUUGUCUUUCCCAGCCUGCACAGCCCGCUCUCAGGCUCGCUCAGUUUUCAGUUUCGCACCAAUCAACCAGACGGCUUUAUUCUGUACAAUGCUGCAAAAGAUUCCAGGUCAGACUUCCUUGCUGUGGAACUGAUAGGUGGUCGUCUUUUCUUCACGAUAAGCCUUGGAACAGGAACACUUCGUCUGCAGGUAAGCAGCAAGCCUAUGAACGACGCUCAAUGGCAUAGUAUAUCAAUUAUACGGGAGGCUCGUAAUGGAAGAGUCAACGUGGACAAUUUCUUCAUUGAUUUUGCUACACCUGGCCAAGGAAAGUAUUUGAAUACAGACGACGCAGUUUAUAUCGCCGGAUACCCGUGGAAUAAGUUGGACUCUAAGAGCCAGCCGCCACCGUCAGUUUGGACUGGUUCGCUGAGGAAAGGAUUCAUGGGCUGCCUUCGCGACCUUACUCAAAACGGAAUAUAUAUCGACUUGAUUAGCCUGCUGAAAGAAAACAGAACAGAUGGUAUCGAAGUCGGUUGCUACGACACGUUACCUCAAUGCAGUGAGUACGCAUGCCAGAAUGGUGGCUCAUGCAUCGAACAGUGGAACCGGUACUACUGCGACUGUUCAUCGACGUUAUACGCGGGGACCAGGUGCGAGAAAGGUAACGGUUGGUCAAAGUAUGCAGUGGGCCUGCAAUUAGUACGUACAUCGCGUGAUUACGUUAAUAUAAAUUUUGUCAGUGGCUCACAGAUAAUGCAGCUUCACUUUGUGAUGGUUUGUUUAGUGAGUGUCUUCUUCUGCCCGGAAUGA